AUGUAGGAGGUUUUGAAUGGCGCCGAAGACUAAGUGUCUGGAUCCUCGUAGUCCGAACCGAACCGAACCUAGACCGAUCAGGAGGACAAGACGACCGCGUGAAGACUUUCUACACUGCCUGGAGGUCAUCCUGACAGUUAUAUUUACCCCGUGAGGAACGCACGCAGCAGGAGGCAUGGAGUUAUUCAAGCAACAGAAUGUGGAGGACUUCUAUGAAAUUGGUGAAGAGUUGGGCAGUGGACAGUUUGCCAUCGUUAAGCAAUGCAGGGAGAAAAGCUCUGGUCUGCAGUUUGCUGCCAAAUUCAUCAAGAAACGCCAGAGCAUGGCGAGCUCUCGGGGAGUCCGGAGAGAGGAGAUCGAGCGGGAGGUGACUAUCCUGCAGAGGGUCCAACACCAGAACAUCGUCACUCUACGCGAGGUCUACGAGAACCGAACGGACGUGGUGCUGAUCCUAGAGCUGGUCUCCGGUGGAGAACUCUUUGACUUCCUGGCCCAGAAGGAGUCUCUGAGCGAAGAGGAGGCCACCCAGUUCAUCAAGCAGAUCCUGGAGGGGGUGAACUACCUCCACGCCAGAAAGAUUGCCCAUUUCGACCUCAAGCCUGAAAACAUCAUGCUGUUGGACAAAAACGUUUCUCUGCCGAGAAUCAAGCUGAUCGAUUUCGGUCUCGCCCACACCAUCGAUGCGGGAGUUGAGUUCAAAAACAUUUUUGGGACGCCGGAGUUUGUAGCUCCAGAGAUCGUGAACUACGAGCCGCUGGGGCUGGAGGCAGACAUGUGGAGCAUUGGUGUCAUCACCUACAUCCUGCUGAGCGGAGCAUCUCCGUUCCUGGGGGAGACCAAGCAGGACACUCUGGGGAACAUCUCGGCAGUAAACUAUGAGUUUGACGAGGAGUUCUUCUGUCACACCAGUGAGCUGGCCAAGAGGUUCAUCAGCCAGCUGCUAGAGAAAGAUAAGAAGAAAAGAUUAACGAUCCGAGAAGCUCUCAGCCACCCCUGGAUCACGAACAACGAGCACAAAGAGGAAAGGGCCCAGGAGCCGAGGAAACGGGAGCGCCGGCAGCUGAAGACCAAACGUCUGAGGGAGUACACCAUCAAGUCCCACUCCAGCAUGCCACCCAACAACACCUACAUGAACUUUGAACGCUUCGCCCAGGUAGUGGAGGACAUUGAUCACAUGGAGAGCUCCUUCAUCACUCUGGCAGCAGCUCACGACUCUCUACAGGAGGACAUCGAUGCCCUGGUCUCCAUCUAUAAUGAGAAGGAGGCCUGGUACAAGGAAGAGAGCGAGGAGGUCCGUCACGAGCUUUCCCAGAUCCGCUACGAGUUCCGAAAAGUGGAGGCCUCCAAGAAGAGCCUGCAGGAUGACAUGCAGGCGUUUAACUGCAGCCUCGCUGCCGUCGGAGAGCGUUUCCAGGAGAGGCAGGGUCACUUUGAAGCUCUGCACCUGGAACUCAGUGAGGAGCUGAGGUGGGUUCAGGAGGUGGUGGGGUCAUUUCAGGUUGACACAGGAGGAGGUGGAGGGUAUCCCAACUGCGGCUUCUCCAGUGUCUUCAACAACGACGUGAACGAAGCCCUGAAAGAGCUGCUGAACCGCUCCUGUGGAGGAGAGCUGCUGUCUGGGAUCAACCUGGACCUCAGCGAGACCGGGCAGCAACGAUAGGAAGCAGAACCCACAACCGGGUCAGGUCUAGGAAACCAGAACCAAACAUCUGACACAGAUCCACUUAGAUGUUCCACACAAGCUUUUAGAUGGGUUGGAUCAGUGAAGUGGGACCCCUAAAUGUUCUGGUAGUUGCAGAUGUGGCAGACCAGGGGCCUCAUUCAUCAAAUGUUAGUAGAAAUAUUCCUAAAUUCCUUCCUAUAAACAAAAUCUAGAAUGUUGACGAAUGGUCAAAAUCCUGAUUUAUGAAACGUGGUGGCCUCUUGUACGCACGUUCCUUCCCCAUCGUCUGAUGAUGGAUCCCACCUGUGAGUACCCAGGUGCCCGUGUCCAUUCACGGUCAUACAGAAACACCCUCAAUUAACCGCAUUUAGUCACGCUACGUCCUCAGCUCAUGAUUACCUGGGUUUUUCCCCCCCCUAAAAGUUUUUAAAAACUUUAUUGACAGCGGGAUCAAGACACUGGCUGCUGAAGUGCAAAAAACCAAACAAUCCAGUCGCUGUUUUUUGCAUAAAAUAUUCAAAUUUGACCUAACACCAUGUGCCUUCUAGCCUAGUGAACUAGACCAAAUUCUUGCUUUGCAAAGUUUGGUCUAGGCAUGCUCCAUUGGAACCUCAGCAGCUCCUACCAGGACUCUGGCUAGCCAAUCACAGCUCUCUAGAGGGGUUUCAAACACACAAAGAGCUGUGAUUGGUCCAUAAUGGUGGGCCAAUCAUAGUGCUCUAUCUGCUUAGUGAACAAAUCACAGAGCUUUAUCCACUUUGUGGGCCAAUCAGGGCACUCUAUAUGCCUGGUGGGUGGGAUGAUGCAACAGAGUGAAACAAGAGUAUGUCACAUUCAUUGUCCAGUGGAAUGCGGAGAUCAUUUGAAAGACAACGGUAGAACCCGCCCCACAACCAAGAGCCGUCAAUGGAGCAUGGCCAGACUAAAUAAUACAUUUAUUUAGUCUGGCUUGCCAGGCUAUGUGCCUUCUGCAAUACCUCUAAAAAAUCCCUAGAUCACCUCUUGUCAGGGAGUGGCUGAGUCUUACGAUUCCAAAUCCUCCAAUUUUACCUGUUAAUGAUGUUCUGCUGUCUGUUACUGACUCACCAGCUGAUAUUUUGGACAUGGCGAAUAUCAUUUUCCUCUUGGGAAAAUAUCACAUCCUUUGCUGUAAAUUAAGAGGAUCCGCUCCUUGUUUCAAAGUUUUUUUUAAAUGAAUUAAGAUCCUUUUACUAUUCACUCAUGUUAAUUUGAACUAACUGUGCAAAACAUAUAUUGUCCAGUGUUUCUUAUGUGUUGAAUGUUUUGAUAACCCGUUUGCUCCAUCUUUAAUGCCUUUCACAAAUCUUUUCUUGGUUCUUUGUUAUAAUUUCAGUUAUGAUUGUUCUCCUGCUUUAUUAUACAAUUUUUGUUUGUUACAUGUUCCAAAAUGUAAAAAAAAAAAUUGUCUCAAGAACCCAAAAAGUUGCAGAGCGGUCGGGACAAAGGAGAGGUCCCCAUCAGACAACAAAAAAUCGUAGAGUGACGGGUUGUCAUUUGCAUUUAAGAGUCUGUCGUUCAGUCUGGUUACCUUGGCAACUCGUGUGUGUGAUCGGGAAGCAGAGGAGGUUCUGGGGGAUUCUCAUAGUUAUAUAAAAGUAUAUUACUUAUUGAAAAGCUGUUGUAAAUUAAUUAAAAGAUAUCCAGUUGUUGAAAAAUAUCGGCGGUUUCAUAACAUAUAACCAUGAAAAUCAGGUCUAAAAUAAAUGGGAGCGGGUCUAAGUCUCUGGGUGGCGCCAUAUUGGAUGCAUUUUAUUUCAACAGCACCUUUCUAAACACUCAAGGACACUUUACAGACAUAGAUAAAAUACACAACAAUAAAAGAUAGAACAGCAUAAAAUAAACAGACAGAUUUGAGCAAAGAGAGUAAGUUUUGGAAUGCUAGACGGAACAGGUGGGUUUUGAGUCUGGUUUUAAAGAGAGUGAGGGAGUCAAUGUCACGGAGGGCAGGAGGGAGGGAGUUCCAGAGCUGGGGAGCACAGCGAUUGAAGGCCCUGCCCCCCCAUAGUGACCAGACGGAGUAGUGGGACAGAGAGGUGGAUGGAGGAGGAGGACCUGAGGGAACGGGUGGAGGUUGAGGGAUGAAGGAGGUCUGAGAAGUACGGGGGGAGCUAGGUUACGGAUGGCUUUGAAUGUAUAUAGCAAAAUUUUGAAUUGGAUUCUGGAAAUGACUGGGAGCCAGUGGAGCUGCUGAAGAACAGGGGUGAUGUGGUGGAAGGAGGGAGUUCUGGUAAUGAUGCGGGCUGCCAAGUUCUGGAGAAGGUGGAGUUAAUGGAGGGAUUUGUGAGGAAGACCGAAGAGAAGAGCGUUGCAGUAGUCAAUACGGGAAGUGAUGAGGCUGUGGACAAGGAUGGGGACCGAGUGAGUAGUGAGGGAGGGGCGAAGGCGGUUGAUGUUGCGUAGAUGGAUGUUAGCUGCGAUACGGUAUUGGUGCGCAAAAUGGAUGACAUCUCAGAGAAAGUCACCGGACGGUAUGGACAGGCUUGAAAACCCAAAAUUGGCUUCACUGAAGGACUGGAAUGAUCAGUUUAAAGACUGAAGGCAGAGAGGAAAAUUAUCUCAGCCUGACCCAAACAAAUUCUUGUUAUCUGAAUCUGACGACCUGGAAGCCUUGAGCAGCAAACAAAUAAAACCCCCACGAAGGAAUGCAGACAGAUGCUGUGAAAACCCGACCCCACCCCGCCUUCGGAUUGGGGGGCUUCAGCCUGGCGAGGUCAUCAAUCUGUAGGAGUCAAUGUACUCUUUGCUUCUCCCAAGAUCUCCCUCCCACCUGUGACUGUACAGUAGAUGAGCGCCGUAGAUGGCUGCUCUCGCUGGGGGAAACAGCGAUUAGGGUCAAACAGAAACAUUUCACUCACUUCUAUCGUCCAUAACGCACGGGAAGCAUGUCCAUAAUGAGCAAAAGGCUCCGCUCCUCCGUAGCACCAGACAUGUUUAUGUUUGUUUUUUUACUUGGCAGACGCUUUUAUCCAAAGCGACGUACGAUUUUUCACCUAUAGAGCAUGUUGUGAUCUGUGCGUUCUGCUUACUCAGGUGGAGAAAACUAAAAGGUUCUGUCUGUAGUUUGCCCACCAGAGGGCACAGCUGACCAGGCUUUCUCACACAGCCGCCUCCAAAUGUCAGCUAAGACAUUUGUAAUCACUGAGAAUGUCGAGCAGAAUCAGCGUCUGGGUCCUCCUCGAGGAAUCAUUAUAGCUGCAGACCUGGACAUAUCCAUCCAAUCCUUUAAAGGUCUCCGUAACAGUGCCCACAGGCCAGAGGGCCCGUGAACGCUGAGAGUCCACGAUAAGCAGAACCAGGUCAGUCUUAAGGUCCUUAUUGUCAGUCCGCCAUUUUUGGCGCUCUUGGAGACCGGGGAGGUAUUGGUGGAUAAAUGUGGUCCAAAAGUUGUCUGCCAAGAUCUGACUAUGUCGCCAUCUUCUCCAUCCCAGCAGAUUGGAUGGUUCAUACAACACCUGAGGUAGUGAAGCGCCCUUGCGUCCUAUAAGAAGAAGAGUCGAUGCUAUAGGAUCAGGGUCAGCGAUGUGCAAGGAGACAUAACCAAGUGGCUUGGCGAACAAGAUUCCUUCCAUCUCCAUGAGAAGGGUGUGAAGGACUAGGCUCUGGAACAGACUGCUCUUUGAGGAUAACCUUCAGUGCUGUCUUCACGGACCACGUGCCUCAGAAUUUAUUUAUUUAUUCAUUUAUUUUAAAAUACUUUUUUUGUUUGUUUUUAAUGUAUUUACUAGCUUUAAUCUGCUCUGUAGGGCUUGAGGAUUACAAGCAUUUUGUGUUCAGCUGUCUGGGACUUUUGCUUUUUGAAGUUUAACUUUAGUUCAUUUUCGCCUUGUUCUUCCGUGUAGUUCGACAGUUAAGCUACAGAUAUUUAGUGUGGGAGGCAGAGGCUCAGUGGAGCUGUGUUUAUAGCCCAAGGUGUCGGUAAGACAGUUCCACCUCAUGCCAAGUGUCAGCUCCCGAAUGUCAGGUGGUACUGCAGCUGUCUGAAUGUGUCUUAGGAGGGUCACGGAUUUUCCCAGCUUAGUAAAUCACAGCCUUAAAGGCACACUGUGCAACUUUUUCAUGUUUUUAAUCCUUUUCUUGAGCCAGUAAAGGGUUCAUGAAAAGUCAUUCCGCUCCCUCCACCCCUUGUGGCCAGAAUGCCACACUUGCAACUUCAGAGUCUCCACACUGCUUCCCAAAGUCACGUAUUUUGCGAGAAGUAGCAACGCUUUACAGCAAUCCAUGUUUACACCUCAAGAAAUAUGAUCUAUUAUUGGUAAAUGGUCUGUAGGGUUCCACAAACCCCCAAGGCGCUUCAUGACACAAUCAGUCAUUCACCCGUUCAUACGUUGGUGGGGAUGAGCUACGAUGUAGCCACAGCUGUCCUGGGACACACUGACAGAGGCGAGGCCUGCCAUACACAGGCACCACCGGUCCCCCUGACCACCACCAGCAGGCAAGGCGGGUUAAGCGUCUUGAUCAGAAAGCCGCCAGCAAGAAGAAAAUUUACACAGGAAGUUAGAGAAAGAAAGGAAACUUUGUAAGGAAAAAGAGGAAAUGAUUUGGAUUGUUCAGGAUGAAAAAGUCGAGCUGUAUAAUAAGAUGGCAGACCAAGCACGAGCGAUGGAAAGACAGUUUGAAAUAGAAAAGAGGUAUUAUAUGAAAGAUCUGGAGGAGAGAGAGGUUCGUUGUCAGGACCUUGAGAAAAAGUAUAAAACUGAGGUUUUUGAUAGUAAACGGCAGAUAGAAAGUUUACAACAGGAGAUGGAAAAAGAACGUGAAGAAGCAGCACAAACUAUUUUAACUAAUCAGUCUGAAAAAGAAGCGCUUAGCGUCCAAAUGGCACAGACUACAGUUGCUGUAGGAAAGCAGUUAGACGUAGAAAAGAGCAAAUUUCAGAAAGAACUGAACAAAGGACAAAGUUCAUACCGGGACCUUAGAAAUAAGCAUAUGGAGCUGUUCUUUGUAGCAGCAAAUAGCUGCUAAAUUUAUAGAUACCACGUUCUGCAAUGGAUGCACAUACGUUCUCACUUAGGUUGGUCCGGCAUGCUCCCACGGCUGAGUUUAAAUGCUCAUUUGUUAUAUUUAGUUGGUUUAUUAUAGUUUUUAGAUGCAUUUUUAGUUCAUUAGUUAUAAGAUCAAUAAUUAAACUGUUAGUUUUUAGUUCGUUUUUAGAUCAUUACAAACUAAGAGAACGUCCAUCAAGGGUGACUAAAUCCCGUCCCUUCCCUGUUACGCAACACCACCUAGUCGUCUGUAAAAUAAAAAAAAGACCACACAAGGAUUAUGUCACAGAAAACACACCUCCACAUCAUUUCUGUGUGUCCUUGUGUUGUGUGGGGGUUUUCUCUGGAAGCUCCAGUUCACCCCUGACCCAAAAUCCUAACAUCUUGUCACCCUGGUGGAUCUGCUCAGCUUUUCAGCAAUCAACAUUCAAACUGUAUUUUGGAAAGAGAUGCAUUUAUCUAGUUACCACUGGCUCUAAUAUUAAUUAAAGGACCUAACAGCAUCUGACAGAGCCCUUAUAUUCUUCACUGGAGCAGCAUGCUCCCCCACAACCAACACUUUUCUAAGCAAUCCAAUUCAAAAAUCUUUCCUCGUGGCUCUGACAUAUUUUCAGAGCUUUGAUCGUCGUUACAAUUCAAAAAUAAAUUCAUUUUAAAGUUCAAUUUGUCCUGUUUUACCAAACAGCAGGCUUCCCACCAUAGGUUUGGUGGGUUUCAGCUGGGAGCUGAUGUGUGAGGACUCCCUCCCAACCAAACUACUAGUUGGGGCCCUUCCUGUGUUGGCGCCAUUCAUUCUGGAAAUUGUCAACAGCAGCCUUUCGACUGGAGUGAUUCCAUCCACCUUCAAAAAUGCAGUCGCACAUCCACUACUGAAAAACCCUGGCCUAGAUGUCCUUAGCAUGCUCACUAGUGUAUGUACAGCUAGAGAUAAGGCAUGCCGCAGCAUCUCCUGGUUUGAAUGCUGGCAUGUUCAAGAUAACGCCCAGUUCUGAUUGGACAAGCUGUCGUGGCUUACCAUACUUAUAUUGGAGUGCCUGAAAUGCAGCAAUGUACGACUGAGGGUGGUGCAUGUAUGCUGUAGCUAAUUGCAGAGCUUCAGAAAACUAAAAGGUUCAGUCUCUAUAGAACUUGCCCACCAGAGGGCGCAGCUGACUAGGCUUUCCAGUCUGUCAACCGGGCAGCCUUUCAUAUGGCUCAGUUAUUGUGAAGUAGCUCUCAGCUUUACAAAGGUUGGUGACCCCUGCUCUGAGCGGACGGAGAUGGCUCCGAAAAUUUAACGCCAGCCAGCCAACACCAGGAACCUGCUGAUAAGAGGCUGGUCUUCUCUACGUCGCUCUGAUAAAAACGAGCAGCACCAGAAACCCUCAGACAAAACCAAAUAAAAUACAGUAAGAAAGAAUCUUUUAAAUAUCCUCCUGAGACCCAAAAUUAUAUUUCUUCUACAAUUUGCUCUUUAACUGCAAUAUUUCCUGGUAUUUCAGCUGUUAACAUUAUUUUUUCUCUUAAGUGUUUUUCUCCAGAAGAAGCUACAAUGGUGUUCUGCUGAGCUGUGGUGGCCUCAUGGAGGGUGCCAUUGGCUUGAACACUGCUGCUAACCACUUAAACAUUCUCCCUCUCCUGAUAAUAACUUUUUACUUUCUUUGACGUCGAAUGUGCUACUACUAGAUUACCCGUUUAAUUAUAGAUUCACUAGGAUAAAUACAAUAAAGUUUAUCUCUCGCCAAAUAGAAUAUUUACUAAGAAAUCAAAAUGUAACCACAGACACACUUGGUAUAUAUGUUGUGUGUGUGUGUGUGUGUGCGUGCCUGCAUGCGUGCGUGCGUGCGUGUGUGUGUGUGUGUGUGUGUGUGUGUGUGUGUGUGUGUGUGUGUGUGUGUGUGUGUGUGUGUGUGUGUGUGUGUGUGUGUGUGUGUGUGUGUGUGUGUCUGCUCUGUCUUCUCAAUCCCCAGUGGGUCGUGGUGGAUGGCUGCUUAUACUGAGCCAGGAUCCUCUGGAGGUUUCUUCCUGUUAAAAGGGAGUUUUCCUCUCCACAGUCGCUGCAUGCUUGCUUAGUAUGAGGAUUGCUGUAAAGUCACUGACACUAGUCAGUGACUCGAUGCAAUUUGCUGGGUUCCUUAUAUAGGAAACGUUUUACUGUUUGGCUUACUGAACUGAACUGUACUGGAAUGUUUACUGUGUGACGUGCCUUGAGAUGACUCUUGUCGUGAUUUGGCGUUAUAUAAAUAGACUUGAAUUGAAUAUUUGGUGUGACUAAAAAGAAAAAAAAACAUAUCUAGCUUUUACAGAUUAGUCGACUCUCAAUAUUGGAAACAAAAUGACAAAAAUUUCAAAAAUGUAAAAAUGAAAUUAAACAGAAACGUUGUCAAAUUUCCUAAAAAAAAAGAAAGAAAACAAAAACUUAAAGUUAACAUCAAGUGUCUAAAUAAUAACAAAAGAUCUAAGUUCAAGAGAAUGAAAUAGGAGCCAAUGUCCACAUAUUAGAGGCUAAGAAAGUUACAUUUUUAAAAACAAUUCCAAAAUAAAAGAAUCAAAACCACUGUCAGGUCUCUGUACUGUUCAAUAUUAAAUGUAACUUUUGUUACGUAGACAUGAAUUAAAUGUUUAUUAAAUUUA